AUGGCGGACGAUGUCCCCUGUUGCGGAACUCAAUUCUCGCUCUACGUCCUGGCGGUCAUCGGAUUGGUGAUCUUCGCCGGUCUAAUGGCCGGGCUCACUCUCGGCCUGAUGUCCCUGGGCCUCGUCGACCUCGAAGUCCUCAUCAAGUCCGGCCGCCCCCAGGAUCGCAUCCACGCCGCCAAGAUAUUUCCAGUGGUAAAGAAUCAACACCUUUUGCUGUGUACCCUUUUGAUCGGCAAUGCUCUUGCCAUGGAGGCUCUGCCUAUAUGCUUGGACAAGCUUGCACCUCCUUACAUUGCGGUCUUGGUAUCAGUCACCCUUGUUCUUUUGUUUGGGGAGAUAUUGCCACAAGCAAUCUGUACUCGCUAUGGGUUGACCGUCGGAGCAACAAUGGCUCCCCUUGUUCGUUGCCUUGUUGUUCUCUUCUACCCUAUUGCAUAUCCAAUCAGUAAGGUCUUGGAUUGGAUGUUGGGCAAGGGGCAUGCAGCUCUAUUGCGGAGAGCAGAACUGAAGACUUUUGUCAACUUCCAUGCCAAUGAGGCAGGGAAAGGUGGUGAUUUGACACAUGAUGAGGCUACUAUAAUCACUGGAGCACUUGAUUUGACUGAAAAGACCGCUAAAGACGCCAUGACUCCCAUAUCAAAGGCGUUUUCCCUUGAUCUGGAUGCAGUUCUUAAUUUGGAGACACUGAAUGCAAUCAUGACAAUGGGUCAUAGCAGAGUCCCAGUUUAUUCUGGAAGUCCAUCAAAUAUAAUUGGACUCAUCCUGGUGAAAAAUCUCUUGACAGUUGAUUCCAGAGAUUCUGUCCCAGUGAGAAAGAUGACCGUAAGGAAAAUAACUAGGGUUUCUGAAGACAUACCUCUAUAUGAUAUUCUAAAUGAGUUCCAGAAGGGUCAUAGCCACAUUGCUGUUGUUUAUAAAGAUUUGAAUUCAAACAAAAGUGAUAGCGAAGAACUCGACUUUAAAGGGAGCUGCAAGAAGAGCAAUAAAUCUGAGACAUCACAUACAAAAGAUGACAAUAUUAUUGGUCCCUCCAUUACUACUGAAAACCCGACUGUUGAUACAACUCAGUCAAACAAGAAGAAUAUGCCUCCGGUGAUCCCUGCCUUCAAGAAGCAUCAUAGAGGAUGUUCAUAUUGCAUAUUGGAUAUUGAAAAUGGUCCUAUCCCGCAAUUCCCAUCUAAUGAAGAAGUGGUUGGUGUGAUCACAAUGGAGGAUGUAAUUGAAGAGCUCCUGCAGGAAGAGAUAUUGGAUGAAACCGAUGAAUACGUCAACCUCCAUAACAGGAUCAAAAUCAACAUGAAUGCAUCUCCAUUGCAUCGAGAGACUUUCGGAGGGAACCCCACGUCUGUCACCGAUGCCGAAACUCCAUCGACGUCCAUGUUGUCGACCGGACCAUCACUGACGGUCUCUGUCUCGACGGGCAGUUCCUCGGGGACCUCGCCUGCUGCAACGAAUAACCAUCAUGCUCAUGAUGAGAAAGUGUCGAACAAUCAAGGAGGGGUAUAG